GAGAGAGAGGAAAACAAAAGCAAAAGAAUCUUUUAUGCUGUUGGAGAAAUGAAUGCGAAAAUGGAUAUUCAAGCUCGAUUCGGAAUCAUUUUCUCUCACUCUUUCUUCUCCGCUUCCAUAAAAUCUUCUCCUUCUUAUUGGACGCAAAGGUUUUUGUGUUCGAGAAGGGAUUCCGAUCCGGAAAACCAAAGGAAUAAUGGUGACAACAAUGGUGAUAAAUACUCGACCGAUUGGGAUAAGGCUUGGUCACGCUUCAGGAAGCAAGGGAAGAAGAAAUCAAUCUUCUCAGAUUUUUCUCCAAACAAGUAUGUGAGCUGGAACCCUAGGCGUUCCGACUACCCGUUGUCCGAAGAAGUCGAUCCGAUCAAGAGGACAGAGAGGUCAAAUCUCAUGUUUUGGACAAGCCCUGGCUUUACCCUUGCCGGUGCAAUUGUAUUAGUCACAUUUCUUUUGGUCUACACCAUUCUUGCACCAGUUAAAUGAUUUUCGCCAACAUGUAGUUGCUUGCUCCCUAAGAAAGCAGGUCCUCUGUUAUAUUGUAAUUCAUGAGGACGUGUGUAGGGGAAAGGGAGUUGUAUAUGCAACUCAUGAGUAAAGUCAGCUACGUGCUUCUUCAUUUAUCGCUUUUGUCCAAAGUCUUGACUGUUCUGAUUCCUCGUUUAGAUUGAAAAGUUCGGAGAAUUUGGCAGUUGCCAUUUCCCAAGUGUAGUAUAAUAUCACAAGAUUUUUUAUUAAAAAAAAAAAAAAUCACGCGAUUUGCACAGCUUCGUGUA